AUGGCAUACUUUACGUUAGUUUUUAUUAUAGCUCUAUUAGUAUGGGCGUUACGAAUCCAUAUCACUACAAAAUAUCGUCGCAAACAUACAGAUCACAUUCCGGGUCCAUAUGUGAUUCCGAUUUUGGGUUGUGUCGUUGAUGCCACAACUGUAAAGCCCACAAAAGUAAUAGAGAAAGCGAAUGAAUUUAAACAAUUGUAUGGGAGUUUUGUAAAAGGUUGGAUAUUGGAUCGUUUGUUUAUGAUAACAUCAGAUGUAGAAUUGGUUGAGCAACUACUCUCUCAUCCAACACAGAUUCGGAAAUCCAGUUUAUAUAACACUCUAAAACCAUGGUUGGGAACUGGUCUACUAAUGAGCGAUUCACAAAAAUGGCAUGUUCGACGUAAAAUCAUAACACCAACAUUUCAUUUUGCAAUAUUGGACAAAUUCUUGGAAGUUUUCGAUAGACAAUCAACGAUUUUGAAUAAUUGUCUGUCGGAGAGAGCCGAUGGUAGGUCAGCUUUUGAUGUUUUACCCUAUAUUAGUUCGGCUACCUUGGAUAUAGUAACAGAGUCGGCGAUGGGUGUUAAUGUCCAUGCUCAGACCGAUAAAACCAUGCCAUACACUAUAGCUGUGAAAGAGAUGACAAAAUUGAUUUUUUGGCGUUGUUUACGUGCCCAUUUGCACCAUGAAACCAUGUUUUCCAUUUUAUGUCCAUUGAAAAAAUUAAGGCAAACUCAACUCAUUAAAUUGUUGCACAAUUUUACAACAAAUGUUAUUGAGGAACGACGGCGAGAACUGGAGAAACAAUUGAGAUCGGAGAGAAACAACGAACAGAAUCAUGAUCGCGAUAACAUUGGUACAAGAAAACACAUGGCUCUACUCGAUGUCCUCUUGCAGGCAACAAUUGAUGGCCAGCCCUUGUCAAAUGAGGACAUACGAGAGGAAGUGGAUACAUUUAUGUUUGAGGGCCAUGAUACAACAACGGCUGCCCUUAGUUUUACCCUGUUUCUGGUGUCUCGGCAUCCAGAAGUUCAGAAAAUGCUGCUCUCGGAAAUAUACACAGUUUUUGGAGAGACAAACAUCGAGCCAUUCACAAUGACCAAAUUAAAUGAUUUGAAGUAUAUGGAAUGUGUAAUAAAGGAGUCAUUGCGUCUAUAUCCACCAGUACCGCUAAUUGGACGUGAAAUCACCGAAGAUUUCCAUUACAGUAAGUUGUCAGAAAUCAAAAAAUGGGGCAAUGGCAUUAUUCCAGCUUCUACACAAAUGUUCAUUUUCGUUUACCACACAAUGAGAGAUCCGCAAGCCUAUGAAAAUCCCACGGAAUUUAUACCGGAUAGAUACAAAGAAUCAGCCACUAAUCCAUUUAGUAAUAUACCAUUUAGUGCUGGACCUCGGAAUUGUAUUGGUCAACGCUUUGCAAUGAUGGAAAUUAAAAUUAUUCUUUGUAAAGUUCUACGCGAAUAUGAGCUAUUGCCUCUGGGCCAAGAUAUUAAACCUAUGCUUGGACUUAUAUUACGUUCAGAAACUGGCAUGCAUCUUGGUAUGAAAAAGCGAGCAAGUUUGUGUCUAUAUAAUAGUCUUAUUACCACUGUGGCUAUUCAGUUUUCAAUCGUCGACGAAAUGGCAUAUUUCACGGUAGUUUUUAUUAUUGUCCUAUUCGUAUGGGCGUUACGAAUCCAUAUCAUUACAAAAUAUCGUCGCAAAUAUAUAGGUCACAUUCCGGGGCCUUAUGUUAUUCCAAUUUUGGGUUGUGUGUCUGAGGCAACUACUGUGAUGCCCUCAAAAGCUAUGGAAAAGGCAAAUGAAAUGGUGGGACGGUAUGGACAUAUCAUAAAAGGCUGGAUAUUAGACCAUCUGUUUAUAGUAACAGCAGAUGUUGAGUUGAUCGAGCAAAUUCUGGCUCAUCCCACCCAGAUUCGGAAAUCAUAUUUAUAUAACAUCCUGAAACCAUGGCUGGGAACUGGUCUACUAAUAAGCGACUCAGAAAAAUGGCAUGCUCGCCGUAAAAUAAUAACACCCACAUUUCAUUUUGCAAUAUUGGAAAAAUGUGUAAAAAUUUUCGAUAGACAAUCAACGGUUCUUAUUAAUUGCCUAAUGCAGAGAGCUGAUGGUACAUCUGCUUUUGAUGUUAUGCCUUAUAUUUGUUCAGCCACCUUGGAUAUAAUAACAGAAUCAGCAAUGGGUGUCAAUGUCCAUGCUCAGACCGAUAAAUCUAUGCCGUAUACAAUGGCCGUAAAGGAAUUGAUGCAAUUGAUCGUGUGGCGUUGUAUGCGAGCCUAUCUUCACGAAGAAACUAUGUUUUCCAUUUUAUGCCCAUUAAAGAAAUUACAACAAACUAAACUCAUACAAUUGAUGCACAAUUUCACACGAAAUAUUAUUGAGAAACGACGACAAGAACUAGAGAAACUUCUAAAUUCCGGAAAAACUACCGAACAAAAUCUUGAUGACAUUGGUGCUAGGAAACACAUGGCUCUGCUGGAUGUCCUCUUGCUGGCAACAAUGGAUGGUCGACCAUUGUCAAAUGAUGAUAUCCAGGAAGAAGUGGAUACAUUUAUGUUUGGAGGUCAUGAUACGAUAACGACUGCGCUUAGUUUUACUCUGUAUCUGGUGUCACGACAUCCUGACAUACAGAAAAUGCUGCUAUAUGAAAUUUAUGUCGUUUUUGGAGACAUAAAUAUCGAACCAUUCACAAUGGUUAAAUUAAAUGAAUUGAAGUAUAUGGAAUGUGUUAUAAAGGAGUCGUUGCGUCUAUACCCGCCAGUAGCAAUAAUUGGCCGUGAAAUUUUUGAAGACCUACAUUAUAAUGGCGUUAUUCCAGCUUCUACACAAGUCAUCAUUUCGCUUUACCAUACAAUGAGAAACCCGCAAGCUUAUGAAAAUCCCACUGAAUUUAUACCGGAUCGUCACUCAGAUUCACAUGUCAAAAACCCAUUUAGUUAUAUACCAUUUAGUGGUGGUCCCCGAAAUUGUAUUGGUCAACGCUUUGCAAUGCUGGAAAUUAAAAUGAUCCUUUGUAAAGUUCUUCGUGAAUAUGAGCUAUUGCCUCUGGGUCAAGAUAUCAAACUAUUACUUGGAAUUAUAUUACGAUCGGAAACAGGCGUGCAGCUCGGCAUGAAGAAGCGUGUGUCUACAUAA